AUGGACAUAGUAUCACAGCUCCAAGACCACACCAACCACAUCGCCUUCCUCCUUUUCAACACCGUUGGCACGCUUCAACGAGAUGCCACUCCGUCAACCAUUCCUGGUAAACCUCUACCCGCGCCAACCACACCAGCUGCACCUGGAAACGGUCAGCUGGUUACAGCCACCGGAGCAGGGAACACAGGUGCCGCCAUACCAACAGCUGCUUCGACGGGGCCAGGCGCAGUAGCUAAUGGAGCCGCAGCCCCUAACGGAGCCGUUGGGCCUAGUGCUGAAGGAACAGCCGCAGGAGGAACUGACACAUCGGUAACUGCGGCACCAGCAGUUCCUGUGAUAGAGCAGGUUCCUGAGAUGGCAUCAGCCUUGGUUCAGGCGUUGAAGCUGUUUGACAUGCUUGUGGAUGCGUUACCUCCUGACAUUGACUUGACAGAAGAGGAGCAGCUUCAACGUGUAGCAGAGCUGAAUGCUGAGAAUGAAGCAGUCGCAAGGGAGAUGGCAGCAGAGUUGAACGGGGUGGAGGAGGAUCUGGCAGAGAUCGAGCUCCUUGCUUGGUGUGGCGGUUAA